GCGAGAGUGAGAGACAGACACCAGACAGCCAGAUCGAAACCGAAAGCAGGUUAGUCAGGGCAAAAAGUAGCCACCUUGAGAACUGUGAUUCCUUCUGCAGCUGCACUUAUGAUGGCAUUCACUGCAGAAACAGCUUUGCCCACUGCGGCUCCACAAGCAGUGUUCGAGAGCACCAGAGUGCAGACCCUUUCGCACACUGAGCUUCUCAAUGGUGAGUCUCAUAACUUGUGGGAAGCUUGCAAGCAUGCUGUUGCUCUGCUUCCCGACCUCGCACCUGAGUACUUCGCCAGAGCUGAAUUCGAGAAAGGCUGGGGAGGCCCCGGCAGUAUCGGCGUCUUCCACUUCGGACCUGCGAUUCCUGGAGCUGGAUCCGUGAAACACCGUAUUGACCUAGUAGACGAUGAAUCCAAAACUUUGGCGUACACAGUCCUGGGAGGGGAUCCCAGCUACAGCUCAUUUGCAGCGGAGAUGAAGUUUUCUCCUGCCGAUGACAACACGACGGAGGUGAUCUGGACGGCCAAGUAUGAGCCAGUCGGUGAAGCCGGCCCUCCCGAGCACAUCAAGAAAAAUGUCAUCGUUACUCUGAAGACGUUCGAGAAGGCUGUGAUGGAGAACCGGGUCGUGAGGCAUACCCAAACACUGAACGCACCCGCCGACACGAUUUGGAACAUAUUAAUGCACGAGGAUGUCAUUCUUCCCAAGGUCAUCCCACACAUCAUCGCAUCCUAUGAAUUCCUGGAGGGCAACGGGGAACCCGGCAGCAUCCGCCUACUCAAACUCGGACAUGCGAUACCGAAUGGGAACCAUGUGGUGGAGCGCAUCGAUGUGAAUGAAGCUGCAACAAAAAGGUGGGGCUAUACUGUUCUGCAGGGAGACCCCAAAUACAAAUAUCUCUCGGCAGUUAUGCAAUUCCUUCCCGGAGCGGAGGAAGGCACCACCCUCGCCAAGUGGGUAGGCAUCUACGUGCCUCACAAUCAAAACAUCCCCCCCCCUGAUCUAGCCCUGAAUGUCUGGAAGGUUUUCGAAGGCGUGGCGAGAGCUUCCCCGCAAGCCGUCUACUGAUCAGCUAAAUAUACCGUUUCCAUCCAAUUCAUGAGUCGUCUUCACCAUAGUAUUAUACCAUCUACAGUGAAUGAGGUACAGGAACCUGUCGUAUAAAAGGCCAACAUGUUCGGCUCUACACAUGGAAUGAUUAUGACAGUGGGGUUGAUAACAAGCGAGUAGCUGAAAAUUAGUUGAAAGAGUCACCACAGUGAUUGGCAACAUUGCAUGUUGUGUACAAAUUCCUUAACCCUAACGAAGUCAAUUUACUUUCUUCAA